GGAAAUCGAAGAAAUUUAUUUUUGGGAAUCUUCAGACAAUAUUUUUUUUUUGCAACAAUUAUUAACAGCUAAAGUCAAUGCCACUUCACUGUCAUACUGCCACGUAUUCAGAGAUUCGUUUCUGGAAGAAAUUACCGUUCUAAUCGUUUUUACUUAAUCGAAACUACAAACUUCAUCCAUCAUUUUCAAGUACCUUCCCGUCCGUACUCUGCAUUCUAAUCAUAAGGACUGAAGAAGAAGAAACUCAGAAAGGGAAAAAAAAUAAAAAUAAAAAUGGCAGAAAGGAAUGAAGAAGUUGAGGUGAUUCAUUCAUGGUCUGCACCCAGGUCCCUUAGUACCAGUGUUAUGUACUCUUUUGCUCAGAGAGAUGAUACAGACGUACUUGAUGAGCCGUUAUAUGCAAAUUUCCUGCGUGUUACGGGAUUGGAAAGGCCAUACAGAGGAGAUGUCCUCUCAAACAUGGAAUCUGACGGAAAUAAGGUGGUCAAAGAGAUCAUCUUUGGCCCUGGAGAAAAGAAGUACCGGUUUUGUAAGCACAUGGCAAAGCAACUUCUUCCUGGGUUGAGUGAAGAGUUGAUGAAGAAAGGAAAGCACUUCAUUCUAAUUCGGAAUCCUCUUGAAAUUUUGCCAUCAUUUGAUAAGGUUGUUACCCCCUCAUUUCGCGAGCUUGGAUUGGUAGAGAUGGUGUCCAUUUACAGCCAGCUGUGUGAAAUAGGAAAACCUCCGGCCAUUAUUGAUGCAGCAGACCUGCAAGCGGAUCCUGAGGGUACUUUACGUGGACUUUGUGAAGACCUAGGGAUUCCUUUCCAAACUUCAAUGCUAAAGUGGGAAGCAGGACCAAAACCAUUUGAUGGUGUCUGGGCACCUUGGUGGUAUGACAAUGUACACAAAUCAACAUGUUUCACAAGACCAAGAAAAUAUCCUCUGCCACUUCCAUCAUCUUUAUAUGAAGUACUGGAGCAGAGUUUGCCAUUGUACAACAUGCUAAGGCGCCGUGUAAAAUGGAGGUCAUCUUUGCCUCACCCAAGUCUUCCAGUUCCUGCCAAUGACAAGCUGCUUUCUUGGGUUGGUGGUGAGAUUGUGCCACGUGAAAGUGCAAAGGUUUCAGUUUUUGACUCAGUUGUCCAAGGUGGUGAUGCAGUGUGGGAGGGGCUUCGAGUGUAUAGUGGGAGGAUAUUCAAGUUUGAGGAGCACUUAGAUAGGUUGUUUGACUCCGCAAAAGCUCUGGCUUUCAGCAAUGUACCAACACGUGAAGAGGUGAAGGAAGCAGUAUUUAAAACCCUCAUCUGUAACGCAAUGUUUGAUAAUGCCCAUAUCCGAUUAACCCUGACUCGUGGCAAGAAGGUAACCUCAGGAAUGAGCCCCGCAUUCAAUCUUUACGGUUGUACUUUGAUUGUGCUUGCCGAAUGGAAACCUCCAGUGUAUGAUAAUACUCGGGGAAUAACGUUAGUAACAGCAACCACAAGGCGCAACUCACCAAAUAAUUUGGAUUCUAAGAUUCACCACAAUAACCUUCUCAACAAUAUUCUUGCAAAGAUAGAAGGGAAUAAUGCUAAUGCUGAUGAUGCCAUCAUGCUAGAUAAAGAUGGUUAUGUCUCAGAAACAAAUGCGACCAACAUUUUUUUGGUAAAGAGAGGCCAUGUUGUGACACCACAUGCUGAUUAUUGUCUUCCUGGGGUCACACGAGCAACAGUUAUGGACCUUGUGGUAAAGGAGCAGUUGGAUUUGCAAGAGCGGCGUAUUAGCUUAUCAGAAUUUCAUACAGCGGAUGAGGUAAACUUCAUUCAUGAGCAGUUGGAAUUCGUGGUUUCUUCUAUCACUUAUCUCUUGCAAAUUUGACCCAAAUCUCGUAAAAUGAGAUCUGCAAACUAGAUGGAGCAUGAACUGAAUGGCCCUUAAGACACAUAAUUAAAUUUUGAUCUGUUCGCAUGUUUGCAUGUGCUUAUUUAAUGGAACCUACCGUUCUGGAUAAAGACAUGUGAAAAGUACAAUAGGAUUCAGAGGAGUUUACAGAUUUAUUAAAAUGCCAUUGGAAAAAAUUACUGGCACGUCGAAGAAUGUCCAGGAACAUUUCAUAUUCUAUUGAGCAUUCUUAGAAAGUUGAUUUCAUUUACAUUGGAAAAUUCAACAACGCGGUUCUCUUUUUUGUUUUUCCACUUUUCUCCUUCGGAAAUUCCUCUUUUAAUUAGUAUUUAAGAAAAGCUUUGGCCUGCAGGUUUGGACCACUGGCACCAUGGGAGAGCUUAGUCCGGUAUGUCCUUUAAUAGACCUAAAACAGUGCUGGUACAAACUGGUCAAGUUCCUUCGAGAGAUGUCUUUGAUUCUAAUGUUUAUCAGUACUGUCUCUUACUGCCAUCUAGUCUACCUGAUGUGUGUUUGUUCAUGUUCAUUCAACCUGUGUCAUUUUCCCAUCUUUGAUGCUUUUCUGACCUAAUACAUUUGGUAAAUUAAACCAAUCGGUGCUUCCAGAGUCCUGAUUUCUCAAUAUGUUAUAUAUAGUAGUGAAAUAGAGCCUAGUUUAAUAAAUCUGGGACAUUUUAGAAUGAGAUUGUAUAUCGAGGGUAAUUUAUGUUUAGUUUUCUCCACUUCUAGUGGACAGAGAUAUGGUCCAUCUGUCGGUCCUGAAGACUCUCAUGCCUUAACAAACGUGUCUGGUUUUGACAAUAUCUGAUGAAUGAAGCCUCGAGAACACUUUCUUGUGCUAGGUUAUCAAAAUCGAUGGGCGUGUGGUCGGUGAUGGCCAAGUUGGACCGGUAACUCAGAGACUGCAGAAAGCUUAUAAAAAGCUAACAGAGGCAUCAGGUGUUCCGAUACCUACAUAUCAGAAGAUCUAAAAUUGAGAUCCUCAUGAUUCUACAGAUAUGGCUUCCUUGAGCUUUCAUCUUUUACACUCACUUGUUUCUGCCGCCUUCUGCAAAUGUAAUAUUAUUCCUUCUAUUUAUAUAUACCCAACAUAUUACUAACUAUAAUUUCCACAUCCAAUGUAAUACUUAUCAUCUAAUAAUCAAUAAAAUCUUACAUGUCCAUGGAAAUCAUACAAAUUUCCAAACUAGAUUCCCU